AACUCUUGAUGCAUUUACUAAGUAAUAAUUAACUAACAUAAUCUUGUUGACAAGGGGGAAAGUGAAAGAGUGGAAGGAGAAUUGAGAGAAAUGAAUUAGGUUUUGAUUAAGGUAGUAUCCCCUAAACCUAAAAUAGCCGCCGCCGCCAACAUGACGGAGGAGGAAGAGCAGCGCGAUUGGAACCAUCUGCCCGGCGACCUUCUCGGCGCAAUUAUGCGCCGUUUCACCAAACUACCGGACUUGAUUCGCUUCCAAGCCGUUUGCAGGCCGUGGAGGCAAAAGCCUCCAAAGCUCCGCCAAACACUGCCGUGGCUGGUCUCGUCGCCGUACGGUAGUGCGUGCCACCGCUUCACCGACGUGACGGCGGGAAACGACAAGUGGCGGCAAUUCGAUCUAUCCGCCGGAGACGGCGCCAAGUGUUCACUCUCACGGCUCGGCGCUUGGGUGGAUGCUCAUAGAAGAACAACGGCGGCAGCCGAAAAGAUCCCGCGCUCUGUACUUAAUGAACCCUUUCACGAGAAACAAGAUCUACCUCCCGGAGAAAACAGGGGAGGGUGAUUACCUCCUCGGUGUUGAUUACAGAAAUCCGCCGAUCUCAUCGGUAAAUGGGUUUGCGAUUUCGGCCGAGCCAACAUCUCUGAACUACGGCUACCUAGCUUUCUGCAAAAUCGGGGGAGGCCCUAAUAAUAAUCAACCGUGGUCGUUCAUCGAUCUUCACCCUUGAGAGAACCAACCAUUUAAUUUGGGCAGGUCGAGGUUUGUCCUUUCCAGGGAAAAGAUUCUUUACGUGUUGAACCCACGCGAUGGAAGGGUUUUCGCCUGUGAUCUUCUUGACCAACUACCAUUCCUUUCGUUGGUUUUCCGUCCUGCGAAUUCUGCUGCUGCUCUGUUUCGCCGAUGUGGAAUCUGCUGCCGCUUGGCAAUAAAUCCAGAGGGAGAGCUGAUGCUCGUGAUCAAAACCUUUGGGGGCGCAUUGAAUGUCACAAAUCUUCUAGGGAUUAGAUUCAGUGUUAACGAGAUCAAUGAAGAUGAGCGGAGAUGGAAUGAGAUCAGAGAUAUAGGUGGGUACGCUCUGUUCUUCGAUCCGUAUAAAGUUGUAUACGUCUCCGUCAAAGAUCAUCCCGAGUGCGAAAGGAAUUGUGUUUAUGACAGGAAGGAGAUGUUUCGUCUUAGUUGUGAUGAGCUACUUGCUUGCCGUCGAUCAGACGGUAAUUUCCACGAUUGGAUCUUGCCAUCUAAUUAUUAAUUAGCUGCUAGAAAGAUUUUUUCUGUUCUCUUUGACAUGCCUAGGCUGCAAGGAUUGAAUAAUGAAUUGUUUACUAGGUUUGACUAUUCUCGGUAGUGUUUCGAAGUUGUUGUCCAACAAAUUUGAGGCGUUUUCGGUUAUGAUCGUCAUUUAGUUACACGAGAAUCGAUUGUGUUGGAUAUCCGCCAUCAGAGGGUUCCACUGCACCCUGGUGCAUUUCCACUUCUUGCAGGCCGUAAUGGACCAACAACAAAACCCACCAGUGAAGAUUGAGAAGAGAUGGGAUGAGGUAAAAGACAUAGGUGAUUACGCUCUGUUCUUCGAUUCGCACAAGGCUGUUUACGUGUCUGUCAAAGAUCACCCCGAGUGCCAAAGGAAUUGUGUUUACCAGGAGAUGAAGAUAUACCGUCUUGGUUUUUGCCUACUUCUUUGUGAUUCACAAAUUAAAAUCUAUGGCGAUGAUUGGAUUUUACCAUCUAAUUAUUAGUUUGUUGGAGUGAGGGUAGAAUUUUUUUGAUUUCCUUUUCUCUUUGACAUAUGCAAGGCUUGAAUAAUGGAUUGUUUACUAUGUUUUUUUUUUUAAUUUUUAGUAUCAUUUUAUGGAUUUUUUAUAUUUUAUUUUAUAUAUAUUCUCGGGUAGUGUUCCGAAGUUGUGGUGCGACUAGAAUGAAAUCCAGUUGUGCUAUUCGCGUAGUAUUGUGUCGAGAUGUUAAAUCAAUUUGUAUUAUACAAUUUCACCUCACGAGAACAUGCAUGUCAAAUGAUUGAGAUCGGUAGGUCCUAUAAAUAUGUACUAGUUCAAAGUCAAUUAAUGAAAUUUUUGUGUGAAUUGAACCACAAGCAGAAACCUAAAAUAAAGUUGAAAUGCCUCACCUUACUAGUUUUUGAACCACCAUAUUGAUCAAUGGAUACAGACAAUAGAGUAAUGCAUUUCACUCUUCCUAUUUCGUUUUGGAAUAAGAAAAUACGAUUCAACACAAACUAUGUAAUAUGGCUUAUUGACAAAGACCUUCUUUUAUGAGACUUUUAUUGUACAAUAACCGUAACACUUUAGA